AAAUAUUAAUAAAGUUAAAAAAAAAAAAAAAACUCAAAAGAAAACAGUCCCAAGUCCCACCCAACCCUUCUUUUUUAUUAGCCCUCUUUAUAUUUAUUCGCUACGAGAGAAUAUAGUAUUAGUACCAUUUCCCCCUCCUGUUCUCAGCACUAAUUAAAUCCAAUUUACAAAUGGGGCUGCACCUGGUGGCAUUAGCCAAGCUCAAGCUCCUUGGUCCGUGUCACAAUAUUAGUCCACUACUAGCUAGCCUGGUCUGCCCCUUUGUUAUUAGAGUCGCCUGCAGUCUCAGAAGUGUCCGUCGAACUUACUUCGAUCUUCUUUAUGCGUCCAGGCUGUUUUUCUUCCAGAUGGGUCGUAUUGCGUUUGAUGCUGAACCGGGUCCAGGCAAUGGCAGCAGAUGGCGAAGAGCUGUUCGGUUGGUUUGCCAGAGGGUAACCGAUGUCGGCAGGUUACCGGCGUCGCAGUCCGAAGAAGUUAGCUUCCACACCCUCACUAUCCUUUCACUCUAAGCGCGUGGGUUAUUCUGGGUCAGGACUUUUAUCGAGCAUAUGUCUUUGCAUAUUCGAGUUAAUUAUUGGAAAGUUUCUUCAGAGUGUUCACAUAUGUGUGCAAUGUUACUUUACUUCAUUGUAAAGAAAAAUGAAAAGCUUGUCCAACACAUCUGUACCAAUAUUAGUAUUAAAAUCAAAGCGAAAACCCAAUUUCUAUCCAAGUUAAUUUCUUUGAAAAUUAGAGAAAGAAAGUGGGUAUGACUUUAAGUCUCGUUCUAGGUGGGUUGGCGUGCGCUUUUAUGCUCAAAGUUUCACUCAAUUUCAGGCUUGUUUGCCGAGCUUUAAUGGACAUACAGCAUGGCGUUAGGGUGUUGUUCUUGCAGUUGGGUCGAGUAGCCUUUGCCUCUGAACCGGAUCAGCACGGCCACCGCAGUUCAAGGGAACAGAGUGCCUUUUCUUGUAACAGCAACAUUGACUCUUUGUUCAUGCUUACACUUUAGGCACUUUCUUCAAUUCAUUGUUGGCUUUCACUUUCACGCCUUGUUUAUGCUUUCUAUUAAAAGAUUAAACAAUUC